AUGUGGCUUGAGCGCAACCCCAGGUACGUACGUACAAUACAGUACAGUACUACAUACAGUGCGCUAUCACGUGACUAUGCAUGGACACUGCAGCCAACCAUCCCCCACCAACGUCCCCUUCGGAAUUUUCUCGGGCCGCGGAGGAGGUACGCAGAAAUCUCUAGAAAUACAACCUGGAUUUCUGAAGCGUAUGCUCGAUUGUAUGAUAUUUUCUUGGGACAAUAUUCACAUUGUCCUAAGUGA